CCUCCCCAUCUCUCCAAUCUUUUCUUCACUGCCUUUAAUAAAUAUUCUUCUUCCUGUGAACUUUCUUUUCAGUUCCACUUCUUUUGUCCCACCUUUUCUUCUUGUCUAUAUAUAUAUAUAUAUAGAGACAUCUACGCUAAGGAAAGCGAUCUUUCAAUUUCAGAUUGGGAGGAGAAGAAGAAUAGAGAAGUAUUAUUAUUAUUAUUAUUAUUGUUGUUGUUAUUUGGUCGACCAUCUAUCCAAUAUUAUUGGUGGAGAGACGAGAAGAAGAAGAAUCGGAUAGGAUGAGGAUGAGCUGCAAUGGAUGCCGGGUGCUCCGCAAGGGGUGCAGCGAGAACUGCAGCAUCCGGCCGUGUCUUCAGUGGAUUAAGAACCCCGAGUCCCAGGCCAACGCCACCGUCUUCCUCGCCAAGUUCUACGGCCGUGCCGGCCUCAUGAACCUCAUCAACGCCGGCCCCGACCACCUCCGUCCUGCAAUAUUUCGAUCACUGCUCUACGAAGCUUGCGGACGGAUCGUGAACCCGAUUUACGGCUCCGUCGGCCUGCUGUGGUCCGGCAGCUGGCAGCUCUGCCAGGCGGCGGUGGAAGCGGUGCUCAAGGGCGCACCUAUCAUCCAAAUCCCCUCCGAGACCGCAGCCUCCACCCCGGUUCCUCCCCUUAAAGCCUACGACAUCCACCAUGUCUCCAAGGAACCCGGCGCCGACGCCGCCGAGGCCGCCUCCACCCCCGUUCCUCCCCUCAAACCCUACGACAUCCGCCAUAUCUCCAAGGAUCCCGACGCCGUCGUCGCCGCCGCCGCGGAACUCCACAGGAUCUCCAAGUCCCGCCCCCGGUUCAAGCGCACCGCUUCUGCUAAACGGAAGCCCGGAACCGUACCGGUGGAGGCUGCUGAACCGGACUCAGCCCGAGGGUGUAAUCCGAGCUGGCCCCGGUGCGACCCGGUCGACUUCCAGCGCGCACAGAGUCACGAGUCGGCCGCGAGCCAGGCGCUCGAGCCCGCCACCGCGGCGGCCGUCGGCGGAGUGGAGGGGGAUAGCCAGGAGAGCGGGAGCGUGUUCUCCGGGGAGACGGGUGAGGCGUCGCACGUGAGCCAGGGCGAGCCGAACAGCGCUGAAGAGAGCGAGGUGGGGCUGGAGCUGACCCUGGGGUUCGAACCGGUCUCUAGGGCCGGCCGGACCGCCCGGCCCGCAGCGGAGUCGCGGUGCGACGUGAGAAGCUGGGAAGGCGACACGCGUCGGAUGGGUCUUGGGCUCGAACUAUUGGCGUCAUGAGGGAUCCAGCGAUCCAGACUAUAUCAUAGAUAUGGUGAAGAAGGGGAGAUGGCCAAGUAUGGACCUUGUUUGUGGGAAUUUGUUUAAUCUUAUAAUCUAAGAUAAGAUAAUUUUCCCAACAACCCCCCUCCGUUUUUUUCUCUCGAGUUAGGAGAGGAAGGAGGUUAAAGGGCUCGUUUCCUCUUUUGUUCUUUUAUGUUAUUUUUGUAUCUAUGUUUAUACUUAUAGAAUUGCCGUAUAUGUGCAGUUGUAUAACAUAAAUAUAUGGAGAAGUGCUUCUUCUUUCGGAUAAAAUGGAUUUCUAAGUUCA